AUGAAAUGGACGGCCUGUAGAGAUUUGGCUUUGCGAAUUGGCCUACGACAUUUUUCGAGUGGCAGAAAAGCAGUUUCUGUGGUAGGAUCUGGACCCUCCGGCUUUUACACCGUAUGUAGACUGCUGGCAAAAUCCGAGAUACCAUUAAAUGUUACACUAUGGGAGAGAUUGCCCGUGCCAUUUGGAUUGAGUCGUUAUGGUGUUGCUCCGGACCAUCCGGAGGUCAAAAACUGCGAAGACACCUUCACUCGAUGCGCUCGAGAGUUCGGAAAAGGGCUCGAUACUCGACACACUUUUACAUUCAUGGGAAAUGUCAGUGUCGGCAAAGACAUCAAGCUCAGAGAUCUCUUGGAUACACAAGAUGCAGUUAUUCUCAGUUACGGGUGUAGUGGGGACCAUGUUUUGGGUGUCCCAGGUGAAACCUCCACAUCAGGUGUGUUCACUAGUCGCGAGUUUGUGAGCUGGUACAAUGGACAUCCUGAAUUUGCUGGUGACAACGAUAAACUCAAAUCCUUUCCGUGGUCCAAAGUGCGAAAUGUGGGGAUUAUUGGUAACGGGAAUGUUGCCCUCGACGUUGCUCGAGUGCUAUUGAGUAAUAGGAUCCCAGAACUGUGGUCGAAUACAGACAUUAACCCUGAAGCGCUCGAAGCGCUCAAUACCGCACCCAUCGAAAAUGUCAAGAUCAUUGCCCGUCGAGAUUUCAUUCACAGUAAAUUCACAAACAAAGAGUUUCGAGAACUGUGGGAACUGGAGAGAUACGGCAUUCAAGGAAUAAUCAAGCCGGAGUAUUUAAAACUUAGACCGGCAGAUCUUGAAAGUGGCGAUCGGGUUUUCAAGAGACGUGUCGAAAUGGUGUCUGAGUUUUCAUUACCCUUUGAUCAGCGGACCAAGAAGAAUUAUAAAAAACAUCGUCCUCCAGAGUCUCAUAGAUACUGGGAAAUGGACUAUUUAAAAACUCCUUUAACGAUCAACAGUAAUUCCAAGGGCGAGAUUGAGUCAUUGACCGUUUGUCGCAACAGCCUUACUCCGAGCAACAGAGUAGAGCAGCAUCUCACAGAGACUCUUGAUUAUGAUGUGGACGUUCUAGUAACGUCGCUAGGUUACGGCAGUAGUCCUUUGCAGGAGUUUGGUCCGCUGCAGAUAGGUUUUGCUACAAACCGCGUUGCAAAUGCCAAUGGUCAUGUUUUGGAUACCAGUGGUCGAAUUGUUUCUGGGCUUUAUGCUUCGGGAUGGAUUCGUAAAGGAAGCAGCGGCGUGAUAGCGUCUACUAUGUCAGAUGCAUUUCAAGUAGCCGACGCUGUAAUUGCUGAUCUCGAAUCAGGAGCACCACCAAAGGACCGGGUUUUGAAAACAACGGGACUGGAUAGUACUACUUGGGAAGAUUGGGAAAAGAUUGACGAAGAAGAAAAAAGAAGAGGUAAACUUCUUGGCAAGCCAAGAGAAAAGUUCUUGUCGGCCUCUGAAAUGAUAGAUUUCAUUAAAGACAAUCGUUAA